AUGAAAUUUCUUUUGAUUUUAUUUAUUUCCUAUUUUGUAAUAAAUGUUGUCAAGGGUCAAUUAAAUUUACAAGAGGAACAAUGCCUUGGUCAAAUAUUUUCAAAUUUGGGUGUUAAUAUUCAAACAUCAGAUUAUUGUUCAUCAAAUUAUACAGGUUGUAAUGGACAAUUUGUUAGCGUUUUAAAUAUAAAAUCAUAUACAUCCACACACGAAUUUUCUCAAGUUGAUUUUCAAUGUUUUUCAAAGGUUAUAUCAAUUAGUAUUUCAGAUUUAAAAAUUUCAUCAACAUUUUUAGAAGGACCAUUCCCCACCGAAGUAGCACUCUCCUUUCACAAUUGCUCUACUACUUAUAGUAAUUUAUUUUCAACAAUAAUCAAUUCAAAUAUAACGUAUUUGUCUUUUGAUAGAAUAGAUCCACUUCAAAUAUCAAAUACUGUUAAUAUCAAAUUAUCAUACCUUAAUAGAGCGUCAAUUUUUAUUUUUAGUAUUAUAAAAGUAAGUUCAUCAUCUGAUUAUAUCAUAUUGAUUAAUGAUAUCCCAGCUGGUAGUACGAAAUCAUUUACUCAAAUUGCAAUGGAUAUUAAAGAUUUACCACCAAUGGAUAAUAUUAUUUUGAACGGUCUUAAUAUAAGAACUUUUAAUUCACCUACUAGUAAAGGAUACAGCAAUAUUCAAACUUUAAAAUAUAUUACAAAUUUCUAUAUUUUCAUUAAUCAAGGAUAUUCAGAUUUUAGUGAAUUUGCUUUAAUUCCAAAUCAAAAUAACUUUAAAAUAAUACAAAUGGCAGGAAAUUUAUCACCAACACCAACUGGAAUAAUUGAUUUAAGAAAUUUAUCAGGAUUAAAACAAUUAAUAUUAUCGUUGGUUUCAUCAGAUUUCAAUUAUCAAGGUCAUAUUCCACUUAAUUUGCCACAAACAGUUAAAAAUUUUCAUAUUUCCGAUGGUUCAUUUUCAGUUGGUGUAAAAGAGUUUUUGAAUGCUUAUCCGAAUAUCUCUAUUGUUUCUAUCCCAGGCAAUCAAAUUAACGCUAAUUUUUCAGAAUGGAAAAAUAGAGGUUAUGAUCAAUUUUCUAUAAGUGAGAAUAACUUUCAAGGAACUGUUGAUUCAUCAUGGUGUACCACAAUGACAACUUUAUUAAAAAAUAAAUUGACAGGUGAUUUACCAUCAUGUUUCGCUUGUCAUUUGUAUAAUGAAUAUAUUAAUUUUACAGUAUCUGAAAAUCUUUUUAAUCCUAUUCUACCAUGUACAACUUUAAUACCAAAUCUUAGAUUCGAUUCAUCAAGUAAUAUAUUAUAUCUAUAUGGUGAUGACUUGGGUUUCUAUGAAACUGAUAUUAAAAUAGUUUCAUCACCAACAAAAUCAUUCAAUCAUUUAAUUUAUUCAAAAUUAUUUUUUUGUGAUAAAUUUACUCAAUCAAAUUUACCAGAAAUUUUAACUUUAGAUUUUACAAGUGCAAAUAAAACUUUUAUAUUAUCAACAGUUGAAAAACCACCAUUAGUAGAUUUAGUCACUGUUGCAUCUUCAUCUGCUUUAUUAUUUUUUGAUGGAUCAUUUUUUAAUUAUAAUAAAUCAUCAAUUAAAAUCAAAGUUGAUGAUUUAACAUGUUUAAUUACUCAAACUACAUUUAAUCAAACUAGUUGUCUAAUUCAAGGAUCAUAUAAUAAGAAUUCACUUGCUCAAAUUACAAUUACAGUAGAAAGUUAUUAUACAACUAAAUUAAAAAUAUUACAAACAAACCUUUUUGCCUAUUUAAAUCAAUCAACAACAGUUUAUAGUUGUUCGUUGGAUUGUAACUCACUUGGUGGUAUUUGUAAUACAUUAAUUGGUCAAUGUUCAUUUAAUUGUCCAAAUGAUUGUACAAAUUCUUUGGCAGGUACAUGUAAUAGUUCAACAGGAGUAUGCAAUUGUUAUACUGAUUUUCAAGGUUUAGAUUGUUCAUUACCAUUUAAAGCUUGUACAUCAGAUUGUAGUUCACCAUUAAGUCAAGGUUCAUGUAAUAAUCAAACUGGUAUUUGUCAAUGUAUACCAAAUUAUCAAGGUUUAAAUUGUAAUAUUCCAUCACAUUAUAUUACUUCAGUUAUUCCAUGUUCAAUUGAUGGUGGUGAAGUUUUAAUUAAUGGUUGGUUUGGUAAUAAUAAUGAUGGUACACAUUUAUUAUCAUCAUAUAAUAUAGUUAUAGGUAGUUUAGAUUGUAUUGUUACAUCAAUUAAUGAAACAGAAAUUAAAUGUAAUCUUGGAGCAGGUACAGGUACAAAAAAUAUUAAAAUUAUAAAUUCAAUUAAUCCAAAUGUAAUUUUCAAUGGUAAUGGAUUAUUUAAUUAUCAAAAUCCAAUUAAAACUUGUCCAAAUAGUUGUACAAGUUUAAAUAAUGGUAAAUGUAAUUCAAAUACAGGUGAAUGUCAAUGUAACGAUAAAUUCAUUGGUUUCGAUUGUAGUACACCAAUUAAAAUCAUUGAAAGUGCACCACCAACAAAUACAUCAAUCAAUAAAGAUACAGGAGGUAUAGAACUUACCAAUCAAGAUACAAUAUAUGAAAUUUCAAUUAUAUCAUUAAAUGAAAUUUCAAUUGAUGGUUCAAUUAUAAAAUCACAUCAAUUAAAAGGUAAUUGGUCAAGCGAUAAUACAACAAUAACACCAGAUUCAAAUUAUUUCAAAUUUUCACAAAAAUUAAUUAAUAAUACAUGUAAAAUUACAUUUACUAUUGAAGAGAUUAAAUUAAAAGAUAAGAACUUUACAUUUGGAACGACAACGUUUAAAGUUGAAAAAGAUUCAAUAAAAUUAUCAGUUUUAAUUCAAGAUUAUCAAUAUCAAAGUUCAUUAAAUACAUUACAAUUAAUAUUUUAUUCAGCAGUUGGAAAUGAUUCAAAUUCUAACAAUGAUGAUUGUAAUAAACAAGAUACAUCAAUUGAUACAUCAAAUGCAAAUAAUCAACAAAUUUCAAAUUAUAUUCAAAUUUCUAAAAAUUCAAAAACAUUAGUUGGUCGUUUCAUUAAUCAAGUAAUUGCAGAUUCAAGAUCAACUUUUAUGUCAAGUACAAUUAUUAAAGAUAAUAAUAAUAACUCAUCGUCAUCAGUUAUGUUGGGAUUAAAUCUACCACAUUGUAAAGAAUGUUUAAUUGAUCCAGACUUUUCAGUAUUAGUAAGUCCAGAUUUUAAAGAAUCAUGCAAUGAAUCAACAAAUAAAAACAAAUGGUUAAUACCUGUCGUUGUCGUUGUACCUGUAGUAGGUUGUGCUGCAAUUCUUACUCUAUCUGUAGUUUUAUAUAAAAAAUAUAAAUAUAAUUUAAAAUUUAUUGCAAUCAAAUUAAAACCAUUUAAAGAAUAA